UUGAUCGUUCGUCCUGGGCCUCUCACAUCCCAUCGGAGAACCACUUGAAUUCCUUUCUUAACGGUCACUAUUCCGUUUGGAUUACAGGCUGCAAGGAUUGUGGUGUUUUUGUUUGUUUGUUUGUUUGGUUGUUUUUUUUUUUUUUUUUUUUUGGAGGGGUCUUUUGUGUUGUUUUCCCUUAUUUGUUUGUGUGUGGCUGGUUUGCACUCGUAGGAGACGAAGGAGGCAGCGAGCGGCAUCGGCAGCCUCAGCAUCUCCAAGCCUUCCCAUCCCCGGCCACGUCGCGCUUGACACGCGCGCGGUGCACCGUCACGCGAGACGUGCGCGCACACUUCACCGGCAGCCGCACGCAGGGUCUUGGGAUGCGUGCAGCAGCGUAGCAGGGGAGUGACAUAUGUCUGCAGCUCACGCUCACACACAUCAGCGCCGACACGCUGACACACCAGUUAAAGCUGAGCAGUCAACAUGAACGGUGGCAAUUCCUUUCGCAUAUGAGGCAGUUUGGGCUUGUCAUGGGGGCUGAGCGGAAGGAGAGAGUGACAGAGGAACAGUGAUGCUACUGUUUACAUAACAAGACAUUCACACACACACACACACACACACAUGAACACACACUCGAAUCGCCAGUACGGGACACACAAUCACUUACACACACGGACGCAAAGGGAAUGAUGCCAAGUGACUCACCGAACACUCAGAGGCACUGAAUGACACACACACACACACAUAAGAAGGAAAAGUUAUUUUCAAGGGUCAGCUUGGUGUGUGUGUGCGCGCGCGAUGUGUUUAUGGGCCGAGCUUCACGAGAGUUCCGGCUACCACUGAAGGCUCCUAAACCCGCAUAAAACGCACACUGCCCGAUCCCCCCGUCGCCAUGCCCGAGCCGAAGAGGAGAAGUGGAGCUCCUCGGCACGUCUCCUCUCUCCUCUGGCUCGUGUCCUCGCUGCCCGCCAUCUGCCUCCUCCACCUCAGCCUCUGCGCGGCCCGCUCGGCGGCGCAGCAGACGGCGCCCGUCGUGUCAACGGCGCAGGGGCGCAUCCGCGGCGUCCUGACCCCGCUGCCGUCGGACCUCCUGGGCCCCGUCAUCCAGUACCUGGGGGUGCCCUACGCCAGGCCCCCGACCGGGGACCGACGUUUCCAAGCGCCCGAGCCGCCCUUACCCUGGCCCGGAAUACGGAACGUGACCCAGUUCGCGCCCGUUUGCCCGCAGUCGCUGGACGAGAGGAGCAUGCUGGGAGACAUGAUGCCUUCCUGGCUCACGGCCAACCUGGACAUCGCGGCCACCUACCUGACCCACCAGAGUGAGGACUGUCUUUACCUCAACAUCUACGUGCCCACCGAGGAAGACAUCCACGAGGAGGGCGGGCAGAGGCCCGUGAUGGUCUACGUCCACGGCGGCUCGUACACGGAAGGCACCGGCAACAUGAUGGACGGCAGCGUGCUGGCGAGCUACGGCAACGUCAUCGUCAUCACGCUCAACUACCGGCUGGGCGUGCUCGGAUUUCUGAGUACAGGGGACCAGGCCGCCAAAGGGAACUACGGCCUGCUGGACCAGAUCCAAGCUCUGCGCUGGGUCAAGGAGAACGUUGCGGCGUUUGGAGGAGAUCCAAACAGGGUGACCGUGUUCGGGUCUGGAGCUGGAGCUUCCUGCGUCAGUCUACUCACUUUGUCUCACUACUCUGAGGAUUUGUUCCAGAGGGCCAUCAUCCAGAGCGGCAGCGCUUUAGCCAGUUGGGCCGUCAACUACCAGCCCAGCAAGUACGCCCGACAGCUGGGGGAGCGGGUGGGCUGCGGCGUCGACGACAGCGGCCAGCUGGUGGCCUGCCUCCAGGGGCGGAGCUACCGAGAGCUGGUGGAGCAGCACGUCAUGCCGGCCAAGUACCACACGGCUUUCGCCCCGGUGAUCGACGGGGACGUGAUACCGGACGACCCGCAGAUCCUGAUGGAGCAGGGGGAGUUCCUCAACUAUGACGUCAUGCUGGGGGUGAAUCAGGGCGAGGGGGUGAAGUUCGUGGAGGGCAUCGUUGACUCAGAGGACGGCGUCACGGCCGAGGACUUUGACUUUGCCGUGUCGGACUUUGUGGAUAGUCUCUAUGGAUACCCGGAAGGCCGCGACACGCUCAGAGAGAGUAUAAGGUUUAUGUACACGGACUGGGCCGACCGCGACAACGCGGAGACCCGACGGAAGACUCUGGUGGCGUUGUUCACGGACCACCAGUGGGUGGCUCCGGCCAUCGCCACUGCGGACCUCCACGCUCAGUACGGCUCACCCACCUACUUCUACUCCUUUUACCACCACUGCCAGAGCGAAGCCACGCCUCCCUGGGCAGACUCUGCACACGGCGAUGAGGUGCCGUACGUGUUCGGCGUGCCCAUGGUGGGUCCCACCGAUCUGUUCAACUGUAACUUCUCCAAGAACGACGUGAUGCUCAGCGCCGUGGUGAUGACCUACUGGACCAACUUCGCCAAGACGGGGGACCCCAACCAGCCCGUCCCCCAAGACACCAAGUUCAUCCACACGAAACCGAACCGGUUUGAGGAGGUCGCCUGGCCCAAGUACACCCCCAAAGAGCAACUCUACCUCCACAUUGGCCUGAAGCCCCGCGUGAGAGACCACUAUCGGGCCACGAAGAUCUCCUUCUGGCUCCAGCUGGUUCCUCACCUGCAUCACGUCAACGAGCUCCUGCAGUCGGUGUCCUCCUUCACGCAUAGCCCCUCCCCGCAGGACGACACUCCUUAUUCUUACACCAAGCGCCUCUCCAAGGGAUGGCCUCCGAGUAGCACCCGUCAUCCGGGGUCUCAAGCAGGUACGCAACAGCCUCCGGAGUCUGCUCUAGGACAGGGCGGCGGCGAAAACGGAGUCCACGUCCCCAACGAGGACUAUUCGACGGAACUUUCGGUGACCAUCGCGGUGGGAGCGUCGCUGUUGUUUCUUAACAUCUUGGCGUUCGCCGCUCUACUCUACAAGAAAGACAAGAGGCGGCUGGAGCAUCGCCGGCCACGUCCGCUCCCUCCCCCGCGGCGAGAUAUCACGGCCGCGGAUGUUGCCGCUCACCUUCACGGUGAAGGACUGAUGUCACUACAGGUGAAGCAGCUGGAGUCCGACGCGGCGUCAGCGGACGAGAGGAACAACACGCACCACCAUCACACUCUGGACACGCUGGACGCUCUGGACGGCUUGGACACGCAAGACAUCUACAGCACGCUGGACACGGUGCGCCUCACCUGCCCGCCCGACUACACCCUCACCCUGCGCCGCUCGCCCGACGACGUCCCCCUCAUGACCUCGCUCACCCCGGGCUCGCUACCCGUGACGCCGGGCUCGCACACCGUUACCCCCGCCACGCCCAUGACCCCCAUGACGCCCGGGUCUGUGGUGGGGAUGAGGAUGGGCCAUCCCCACCAGGGAUACACGCACCACAGCCCGUAUAGUAACACGCACUUGCCGCACACGCACAUCUCCACGCACACACACUCUACCACGCGUGUAUAACCGCAGCGAGAAUCUUGCCCCCAGCGGGACAUAAUUACAACACACAUGCUUCUACACAGAGACACACACACACACACACAAAACAACGAUAGGACACAAAUACCUCUACUAAUUACCCUGCAGGAUUGUUCCAGAUGGAGAGACAACAGCUGUGUGGGAGCUGAUGACGAAGUGGAGAUGCACUUUUAUGAACGGCAAUCCGAACGACAGCUUUGAAUACGGCACCGUGCGUUCGUUCUAGACAACGCUCGAGCAACAGCAGUCGGUGACGGACCAACUUGUAUCUGGCGCAUCUUCCGAUAGGACGACGAGCAAUAGCGGUCAGCGGUGGACCGAAUUGUAUUUGCCGCAACUUUGGAUAAGACACCGCCUGCUUGUUUUAGCCAGCGCUCGAGCAACAGCGGUCAGCGGUGGCCCGACUUGAUUCUGGCGCAGCUUCGGAUAGGACACCGCCUCCUUGUUCAAGGCAGCGCUCGAGCGACAGCGAUUAGCUGCGGGCCAACUUGUACCUCUGACGUGACUUAAAGGAGUGUCAAGAUGCGAAACUGACCACACUGAGAGAGCGAGAGACAGAACGAGGCUGGGGCUGUCCAACUGAACAACCUGUGAAAUGUGAAUGUAGCAUUCUUUUUCUGUUUUUCAACAACAACAACAAAAAAAGAUGUGCCCCGGAUCAAGUUGAGCUAAGGAGAACGUCAUAAAGCAGAAGAACAAGAGGGAAUACAUAUUUAAAAGAAAAUAACCUUAGCUGAAGGAAAAGCAAACGAUUAUGACUUUACCGAGAGGAAUAUACUGUACCAGCCCUCCGAGAUGUUCCAACAGAGCAUCAAUCUAACCAGCUAUGUGUUCAACUAUUGUAAAUAGAAUGAUAAAGAUGACGAUUUAUAGCAUUUACCUGAUCUUGCAUUGACUUAUUUAACCACAUUAUUGCUUUCAUUUCCGAUAUUACUCUAUUAUUGUAUAGCUGUCCUGAAGCAAAGCUGGUUGUAACUGUAUGUCACCUACUUUAGUCUUUAAAAGGCUUUAUUUGCUAUACGUCAUCAUUUCAAUCAGUCUCAUGUCAUCGCCUCGGUACGUUUGUUUAGUCGUCGAAAUUAUGGGGCAUUUUGGAACACCGUCCUGUCUAAUUGUUUGACCGCCAGGUGACGAGAUAGAAUUGUGUAGAUAAUGCAAUAUCGUGAUGAUGAUUGCGCCCCAGCCAGCCGCCUUUAACCAUGAACGACCCUUGCCCUCCUUUCCCUUCACCUGCCCGUAAAUUCCUAAAAAUGUUGAAAAACGUUACUAUUUAUUUAUUUAUUUAUUUGAGUUUUUUGGAAGCCUGGCUAUUAUGAUUCUGAGGCGUUGUGGGGGUGGGAAAAAAAAAAAUCCUAGCACAUUAAGAUUUUACCUUCAUUGCUCACACCAUUAAACAAUACCAAAAAAGAACCCCUAGAAUAAGAAUAAGAAUUACUAAACAAAAACCCCAAAAACAUAAGAAAUGUGUUGUAUAUGAACCCGUUUUUUUCUUUAAUUAAUAUUUUCUUAGCAACCACUUCCACACACUUGUAGUUUGUUAGAUUAAUUUUUUGGUUUAACCAGCAUAAUUAUCAUAUCAUAUUUGCAUUCAACUUAACAUAAUAAUUGCAUUCUGAUAAGAAGAAAAAAAGGAAAUUGAAGAAAAGCCAUCCAUCCACUUGACAAAUUAGUCACUUCCUGUAUUUAAAAAUGAAAAAAGAUCAUUGAUAAUUGUUAUGCGAACUGAUAGGGCAAGGAACCGUAAUUAUAUGAUUUCUCCCGGCCAAUCAACAGAUAAAACCUAAUGACAAAAUUGUAUAUUAUACCGGUAUGGAAUUAUUUUUAAUAUGAUGGUAAUGAAAAAAAGCUUUGUAAUGCCCUGCAAUCAUUUCCCGGGAUUCAAGUUUUGAAUUUCCAAAUCAUUUAAAAAGUGCUCGAUAAAGGGUUAAAUUCUUUACACUUUUAUUCUAAAAAAAAUAAAAAAAAAAUAAAAAGAGAGAAUUCAAGACUCAUUCGACCGUUCGUUGUUCAAAACUUGAUAAACUAAUCUCAUGCUCCAUUUUUAACACUUCAAACGUCCUCCUCCUUGUUUUUGAAUCAAACUGUCAUUUUAUUCAUCAGGCUUCAGCUUCUUGUGUAAAUCAUAACGUGCUCUAAUUUGGAAAGAUUUUGGAGGUUAUCCAGCUGACUACACACAGAAUGCUUAAGGGCUCUUUUGUCAGUUUGUGUCACCGCGUUACGUUUCAAAGCAUUUGGAGAAUAAAUACCAGUCCAUUCAUAUUAACUAGUCAUGUGCAGAAGUGAUGCUGCGCUCAUAGCUGCCACUAAAAUUGACAAAGGGCCAAUCUUGUUUGCUGUUGUAAAUCUCAAAGUCUCGCCUGUUUGCCAACCACUCGUACUUGUAUUUUCACUUCAGUAACUCUUUCACAAAAGCCUCAACUUCCGUGUUGUGUUUACCAUGCCCUUUCCCGAACCUCCAUACUCCCAACCGUGCCACUUUGCCAUAGUAUGGAAUCCUAAAUCCAUGCUAAGACUUUAGUUCACUGUCAGCCAAACACCCGAAAAACAACACUGUAAAAUUGUGGGUGGCGGAAAAAGAGCUUUUGCAUCAAAAAAGAAACGGGUGAUUGAGGAAUAUUCUUUUUCAUAUUGACUAGGUGGAUGGGUAGAUUGUGUCAAAGCAUAAAACAUUUCUGCUGCAUUUUUGAAAAAUAAAAUGAUCAAUAUUUUACAAUUUAUGAGCAAUUUAAAUGUCUUGUAUGUCUUGAUUCGGAAUAUGCUUGUAAUAAAUGCCUUUUCUGGU